AUGGAAACCCCUGGACCUAAUCCUGGUGGUCCUAAUCCUGGAGGACCUAAUCCUAAUGGCCCUAAUCCUAGCGAACCUAAUCCUGGCGGAUCAUAUCUUGGUGGAUCAUUUGGCUUUGGUCUUGGAGGAGGCAAUCCUAGUCUUGGAGGACCCAAUCCUGGCAGGCCUAAUCCUAGUAGAUCGUAUGGCUUUGGUCCUAAAGGAGGUAAUCCUGGUUCUGGAGGAAUCCCAACCCUUGGUGGGCCUAAUCUUGAAGGACCCAAUCCUGGGGGGCCUAAUCCUAGCGGAUCUAGUCCUAGCAGGCCUAAUCCUGGCAGAUCGUAUGGCUUUGGUCCUGGAGGAGGCAUUCCUGGUUCUAGAGGAAUCCCAAACCCUGGUGGACCCAACCCUGGUGGGCCUAAUCCUGGAGAACCCAAUCCUGGUGGACCUAGUCCUAGUGGACCUAGUCCUGGUGGAUCAUAUGUCUUUGGUCCUAGAGGAGGCAUUUCUGGUUCUAAAGGAAUCCCAAAAUCCUGGUGA